AAUUCAGCUAGUAGAUUCGGCUGGCAGAGCUAGAAUCGAGUCUGCCAGGUACGCCGUCGGAAGAGGAGUUCUCGACGCUCGAACCUAAUAGACCUUACAAGAGGCGAGAGCACGAGUGGACACUCGUACACAGCUUCUAUGCUGCCAUGGGCGGAUUCGUCCUGGACGUCGACGCAUCUCUCGUUCCAUCCCCAACCCCGACGCCCCACUCCCAGUCAGAUCGGACCCGCUUUGUUCUCACAGCGCAGGGGGUCUGCUUUCUGAUGGAGCAUGCACCAGAGCUCAUCCCCGACCUGUCCGUGGCAAGCAUCCGCAACCGGCGCCAGUACGACGCACUCGCGAAGGUGCUGCUCGUCGUGCACCUAUUCUACUUCUGCGUCUCCUGCGCUUUGCGCCUCGCGCAGUCGCUCCCGCUCAGCCUACUCGAAUUGACAACUUUUGCACACGCUGUAUGCGCCGUCGCGACGUACGUCGUCUGGUGGAGAAAGCCCUUCGACAUCGCAGAACCCACUGUCAUCGCUGGCCCACAUGUCGACGAGAUGGCGGCGUAUAUGCUGAUGGCGAGUAGGUGGACGACGGUCCGGUGUGCGGGCCUCGUGCAGUCGUCGUCUCCCAGCGAGCUUUCGUUUUUCGAUAUUUCGUCCACGGCUCAUGGCAUCAGCUGCGACGGCAAUCAGUCUACAGCGCUGUUUGAGCAAGACGACAAACAGCGCACUCACGAUGUAUCACUGCUUAUUCCGGGUCAGGUCGAGCACGUCGGGCAAUACGUUUCCCGUGUUCGCUCAGACUCGCAUGCACAACACCUGUCACCAUCGCAACUGCAGCCCUCCUCUCGACACUUCCUCGGGCCCACCACUCAAGGUACCGAGCAUUACCACCGUGCGGGUGCCAGCGUUACACGUUGGACGCUGGCCGCGCGAGUCAUGGCCCGCAUGGAGAGCGCUGUCUGCGCCCCUGAAGUCACCCUUCUCUCGCAGCACGGGGGCCUGCAAGAGUCGGUGUUUACCAUUGACGGGCCUCUCUCCUGGCAGGCGGUCCCCGGAUUUAUUGCUGCUGUCUACGGACUCAUCCACUUGGCAGCGUGGAACACGACGUUUCCCACCCCAGAAGAAGGUUUGUUAUGGCGCGUCGCGUCAUGCUAUGCGCUUGGGCUUGGCGUUGCUCCUUCAUUCCUGCUGUAUGUGUUGUCCCCGGCCAUCACUGCCAUCUCCAACGCCGUGCAGUCUGUUAUCCGGCUUCCAGAUAAUUUCUGGCACGUCACAAGGUUGAUUACUCGUGACGAGCACCGUAUCUGCAUCGUAUUAUAUCUGGUAUUCACUUUUUAUUUAUUCAUGGAAAGUAUCAGACAGGUUUUCUACCUUUCAGGCGACGCAUUUAUGCUUCCCAGCUUCUCUGCCUAUGCUGCUCCGUAGUCCCUUCAUGGUUACGCCUCCAGGCAGCUAAAGCCCCCCAUUGACCCUCUCUGCCCUAUGCGCCUCAUACUACUUCUCUGACCAGCCAUCCUCAUUUGACCUUAUUGGUCCAACGCGCUUUGUAGCUCUUCUCUGAUUAAGACUCCUAAUUAUUGCUGAGCUCGUUGGUCUGUAGUUUUAAUAACUGUGUUUGUUAUUCACUACAAUCCUACUUAGAAUAACUGACUAGGCUACCAGUGCUAGGCUAGCCACUACUUCGAAGUCGGUCAUCAGUAGCGUUAGCUUAUUGGUUUAAUUAGCUAUAUCUACGCAUUCGUUAUGUAUAUAAUAUGAUGUCUU